UCCUGAAGCCCCAAAUUCGUCUGGUGCAAUCUCUCUCUCUCUCUCUCUCUCCCAUAUAAACUCAUGCUUCGCCGAUCCCUAUUCGGACCCAGAUUCAAGGCCAAGAGCCUCUCCAUAUCCGGGCAGAGGAAGAAUCCGGACCGACCACCGAAGCUCCGAGAUGUGAAGAAACAAGUAAAGGCUGUUCAAGAGUCUCAGAGUCCAAUCCAACUUGAAAAAAAAGAAGAAGAAGAAGAAGAAGCAAAGGCUGUUAAACCUUGUGAAGUUUGUGGUGGUGCUGCUGGUUCCCAUCCUAGUGUAGUGUGCCCGUAUCUGCACGACGUCCCAUGGCAUGUUACGAGUGUUGGCGAGGGCUACAAAAUAGCGUGUUGGUUUUGUUGGAAGGGCCAGUAUUGCAGGCAUCUAAAGAGGUAUGCUAUUCGACUUAGGUGUAUGAAGUGUGGAGCGAAUGGUCUCCACACAUUCUGGGACUGCCCUGAGAGGCGGGGGAAGGGAAUUGAGAUGCCCUCUGUCCGUCGAGUGAAGCUAAUUGGGACGUCCUCUGUCCGUCCAGGGAUGUCACAGUUACGUCGUCCACGGUGGUAACUAGGUUAAUUGCCUCCUCAUUUUCUCUGAGUAGCUUCAGGACUAGCUAGUCCUUGUCUCUUCAUGUGUCAGGCGGGUCUGUCUUUGAAUAAAGGCUCGGAUCUGAUCCGUUUCGUGACUGGUGGAUGGAUAGAUACUAAUUUUUGUUCGUUGUUGUUUUCUCUUGAGUUUGUGUUUAAUUAGCGCAUAGUUGGAGCUACUGUACAUGCUCUCUUUUUCAGGAAUUACUUAAUAUGUAGGGGUAGUAUUGGCUUAA